AGAUCACGUGAAAAUGUAGUCAAGCAGGAAGUAGACCAACGAAGCAACAACAGCCAAAAUGGAGGUCUCUCCAAUCAGCGUCACGCUGGAGAGAUACUGGACAGAGGAGAAAGAAAGGACACUCAUAACAUUCUUUUCCAAAAACAGUUGCCUGUGGAACCAUAAAUCGGAAAGCUACAAAAAUCGACAGCUAAGAUAUAAAAUGCUGGAUCAGUUGAGAGUUCUUCUGUCUGCUCAGCCCCCACCAGCUCCUUUCACGGUGGAAGACAUCAAGAGCAAGUUCAAGAACCUUCGUACCACCUUUCAAAGACAGUACAAAGCAGUGAAGGCGAGCGAGGUUGACGGUUCUGAUACGUUUGUACCGCAGUGGAAGUACUAUCAGCAGUUGAUGUUCCUGCAGGCUGCAGGCCUGGAUGACUGCAUUGAUACCCCACCGCAGACCUCAUUAAUUGUUUCACAAGAGGAUAGCCAGCAUGUUGUCAGCACCCCAGGACUCAUCAUUUCCAUCCUUCCUCCCGAAUCCUCCACCACAACCACUUCGUCGUCGCCCUGCAUCCUCUCAAACGUAGUGGCAAAAUCGUUUUGGACAGAUGAGAAGGAACGCGCACUUAUUGAUUUCUACUCAGAACACAACUGUCUGUGGAACAAGAAAUCUAAAAACCACAACAAUCGUCUGCUCCGAUUGAAACUUCUAAAGAUUCUUAGGAGACGGCUGUCUGACCACUCUGCAUCCUUCUCUAUUGAAGACAUAAAAUGCAAGUUCAAGAAUCUUCGGACAGUUUUUAACCGCGAAUAUAAAAUGGUUCAUAUAAGCAGGACUUCUAACAAACUGUACCACUCCAAAUGGAAACACUACCAGCGACUGCUCUUCCUCUGUGAAUGGUUCAAGGAUGAAGAGAACCCAGAAAAUCUGAAAAUAAUGAUACCACAAGAAGCACAAGCGCAAGAACCUGGAAACCAAUCCACGCUGUCCGCCCCGAAGAGCUCCUCAUGUGCCACCCAAACUAACGACUUCACCUCCUCCGCUGUCAUAAAGACAGAUCCCAAUACCACUGCCAGCUUUCAAAUGUUCUCUGCCGCCUCGGAUUAUCAGAAACUGAAGAAUAAAAAAAAUGCUUCCACAUGCCUUAAUUCCCCAUCCAAUUCACCACUGAAUAGCAAAUGUUGUACAAACCCUCCCCCCAUAAAAGUUGCUCCGUGCAGUCCAGUUCUACUAGAAUGUGGGCCAAUUUCUGAUGCCCACUGCCAGUGGACGGAGGCCAACAUUCACCAGCUCAUAUCGUUUUACUCCAAACACGAAUGUUUGUGGAACUACAAGUCCGAGAGGUACAAGAACAAGUUUAUGAGACAGAGUCUUUUGGAGACAUUGAGCAUCUUACUCUCCAACAAUGAACAGCCCGCCUUCACAGUGGAAGACAUAAAGACCAAGUUUAGGAACCUUCGAACCAUCUUUCAACGUGAACACAAGGCAGUGAACGCGAACAAAACCUGUGGUUCAGAAAACUUUCAUGUACCCAAGUGGAAGCACUACCAAGAGCUGAUGUUCCUCUGUGAAUCUUGUGACGAGGAGGACCAACCUGACAACGUCCACUUUCGACAAUCGGCAGACACCAGCCUCCAUCUUCUGGAUAACCAAACCCCACUAGUCUUCCCCUCUCAACAAUUUAAAAAAGACUCAAUUGGAACCACCAGUCAUACAUCUAACAAAAUGAAAACACUUGAAUCUCCACCUUCACCUCCUCCAUCCCAUCACUCAAUACUCUCCUCCGCUUCCUCCACAUCUUCUCACCUUGACAGUGGCGUGUUGGGUCAGAAACGCGUAAACCAACAGCCACCAACCGCCACCAUCGAAGUACUGGACUUUAUGAAAACAUUCUAUCAAAGUCAGAUAAUGUCGCCGCAUGCUGGUUUUCUGAAAUAUGUGGAGGAGUGUCUAAAUGAAACUCCUCCGGACAAAGUGAAGCGAAUGAAGAUGAAGAUAAUUGAGACAAUCCACAACAUGUCAGAGCAAGUUUAGCUUUCAACAUCAAUCAAAUUUGCCAGCAAGGCUACUGUAUAGUUACUUCCUAAAAUCUUGCAUGGCAAGUAUGGAGGACCAAAGCUGCCAAAAUUAAAAAUCAAUCAAUCAAUAAAAGGCUAAAUAAAAACAAAUAUAAAAAUAACAAAUAUGAUACAAAAAUAAAUAUGGAAAUAAAUAGCUAAUUAGAUAAAAGUAGAAAUAAAAAUGAAUAUAUAUACAAAAAUAAAUUACAUACAAAAUUUAAUAAUAUGAAAAUAAAUGGAAAUAAAAAGAUAAAUAUAUUGAUUGAAAUAAAUGUCAAUCAAUAAAUAAAAACGCUUUGCCUUAUGACUUUGACUUAUUUCAUUGACAGCAUCAACAUGCAAGUGGAAAUGUUAUUCAAAUGAGGGGGCCGUCCUACAUGUGUUGAACUAUUCACCCAUUGGCCGAUCGACACGCCAGUGCAGCGAUCCUCUCGAUCGACUUUGCCUGCCGGUGUUGUGCCGAAAAACUGAUUUUACAGUCGUAAAUUCAUUUCUGUAAUGCGUCCAUGAGAACAUUUGAUGUUUUCACAAAAAAAAAAAAAAACGUCAUAAAUAAGCGCUCCCGUCAGGGGAGGCAUUUCACGCGGGGGCGGGGGGCAUUUUUCGGCACAACACAGGCAGGCAAAGUCGAUCGAGAGGAUCGCUGCACUGGCGUGUCGAUCAACCAAUGGGUGAAUAGUUCAACACAUGUAGGACCACCCCCUCAUUUGAACAACAUUUCUACUUGCAUGUGGGUGCUGACAAUGAAAUAAGUAAAUAAAGGCAAAGCGCUUUUAUUUAUUGAUUGACAUUUAUUUCAAUCAAUAUAUUUUUGUAUUUCCACAUUUAUUUUUGUAUUCCUAAAUUUUGUAUGUGUUUUUAUUUUUACUUUUAUUUAAGUAGCUAUUUAUUUCCAUAUUUUUGUAUUUUUCAUUUUUGUAUCUUAUUUCUUAUUUUGUAUUUAUAGUCCUUUAUGUUUUGCGUUUUUUUAAUUUAUUUUUAUUUUUAAUUUUGGCAGCUUUGGUCCUCCAUAGGCAAGAGCAUCACUUGGGCAUGGAAGCACCUUAAAGGUAAUUAAUAUGCUUUAUUUUGAAGCAGUGAUUUGUUUCCGCUUCAUUCAAAGAUCUUUCAUAUUGUAAAUAAGAAGAAUGUUCUAUACACACCUUUAAUUUUACUUUGGGUUUAGCCCUGAGCAUAUCAAUAUUUGUAUAUCGCUUUUCCAAAAUUUUAAAAUGCAAUGUGCAACAUUCAGCAUUUUGUUUUAAAGUAGGAGUAUUUAGAAAAGUUUGUAAAAACCUAGGGUGUUGAACUGUUUUUGUCUGGUAUAUUAGACCCAAAUGUGGAAAAACAGUGACAGGUCAGAAAACUGAAAAAGUAAGCUUAUGAUAAUGUAUUUUUUCACAUUAAAGAAUAAGAUAGAUUUUUUUUUUUU